AUGGAUAACAUUCAGACCGAAUCGACACCGCUGCUACAGCCCGACCUCACCUGCGACGCUUCAAAUAGAAUCCCUCCCACAAAGGUUAGGGUCAUUCAGUGGCGGGCAGCAUGGCAGCAUCACUUUUCUCAGUGGUCAGCUCUGUACAUAUGUAGCCUUUUCAUCCUCCUCGUCGACGUCCCCAACUUCCUAAGCGAAGUCCCAAAGUUGCGUAUGCUUGAACUUGGUCUCUGUCGCGAUUACUACGCUGCCACUGACCCAAGCGUCAUCGGCCGUGAUGGCUCAGUUCCAGAGCAUCUUUGCAAGGUCCACGAGAUUCAGAGCGCUCUUGCUAAGAUGAGAGGCAUUCUUGGCAUGAUUGAGGGUAUCCCUGGUCUCAUACUCGCUAUCCCAUAUGGCGUCCUGGCCGAUAGUAAGGGCCGCAGGUUGGUCACGGGCCUUAGUCUACUGGGCUUUGUCCUCAGAGACAUCUGGGCUUUUACUGCACUUUUCUUUCAUCGAGUAUUUCCUGUCCGCGCUGUCUAUGCUGCGCCGGCUUUCUUGGUCCUCGGAGGAGGUUCUACUGUUAUCAGCCCCAUGAUCAUGGCCAUCAUUGCUGCUGCGAUCCCGGAAGCAUCACGAACAAGGGCUUUCUUCUGGGUGCAGGUUGUCCUUCUCAUAACAGAGCUAAUUGCACCACCACUCGGUGCCGUUCUCAUGAAUGCAUUAGGACCGCAUUUUGCUUUCCUCACGGCCGUGCCACUUGAAGCUCUGGCCUUUGUGGUGCUCGGCUUUAUUCCCAACACAAGGGCAUCUGAUAGUGUCCUUAGCAACGACAUGGAGACUACGGAGGCAGAUCAAAACCAAUCACAUAGCGGUCAACGCGAAGAAACAACAUCUGAUCCAGUUUCGUUCAAGGAAAGGACCCUGAAGACUCUAUCACACAUUUCACAUAAUAUCCAACACGGUGUUCAUACUUUGGGUAGUCAUAAAAGUCUGCUGGUAGGCCUCCUAGCACUGAUUGUUGCAAAGAUGGCUCGACCCAUGCUAGAACUGAUCUUGCAAUACAUGUCUGUGAGAUUUGGAUGGCCGCUGGCCAAGACGGCAUUUUUACUCUCGAUCCAAGCCGCGGGUCAGAUUCUCCUUUUUGCUGUAGUCCUACCGCAAGUCAAUAUCUGGCUCAUCAGGAGAAUGAAGACAUCUUCAGCUGCAAAUCUCGCAUUGGCUCGAGUGUCGAUUCUCCUCCUCGCUGUUGGUUCACUCUGCAUGGGUCUCGCUGCUGCUGUUCCAGCGUUUAUAAUCGCGUUCUUUGGAUAUACGCUUGGCAAUGGUUUCUCAUCCGCCUUGCGAUCUCUCUUGACAACCAUGGUACAUCCAGAUCAUCUAUCACUCUUAUUCACUGCCAUCGCCGUGUUUGAAGGCAUCUCGACCAUUGGCGCCUCGCCACUCCUUGGACUGUCAUUCUCUGUCGGCUUGGACAUUGGAGGUAUGGCUGUGAGCCUGCCGUUCUUUGUUGCUUCGAUGCUCUAUGCCCUUGCUGCGGCGCUACUUGUUCAUGGCAUGUCCAUAGAGUCUUGCUCGUCCGAAGCCUAG